AUGCAACCCGACAAAGUAGACGUUGCCAUCUGUGGGAGUGGUUCCGCUGGUCUCAGUGCCACCAUCUGGCUGGCCCGGUUCGGAGUCAAUUACAAGCUCCUCGAGCGUCGCGAUGGUCCCCUUCAAAUUGGUCAAGCAGACGGGGUUCAAUGCAGAACAGUCGAGAUUUUCGAAAGUCUGGGUAUUUCCGACCCGCUGCUGAGAGAAGCGUACCAUGUGUUGGAGAUUGCCUUUUGGUCUCAAGCCGCCGACUCUAACGGAAUCAGUUUACAACAUACAAAGCCUGAUACAGAACCUGGCUUGAGUCACCAACCGCAUGUGAUUUUGAAUCAGGCACGAAUUAAUGGAAUCAUGAUUGAUGAGAUCAAACGAUUACGAGAGAAUGGUGAUGGAAUCGAGUAUGGCUGCAUAGUAGAGUCUGUCGCUAUAAAGCAAGCAGACGACGACGAGUAUCCCGUGGAAAUAAUAUUGUCAAAAGAUGGCGUUAGAUCUACCACGAGGGCAAAAUACGUCAUUGGCUGCGACGGAGCACACAGCACUGUCCGCAAAUGUAUGGAGUUCCAAAUGCUCGGUGACAGCUCUGAUGCGACAUGGGGCGUUAUCGACUUGUACCCAAAGACGGAUUUCCCUGACAUCCGUAGGAAGACUGUGAUUCAGUCUACGUCAGGCAAUUUGAUGAUCAUACCGAGAGAAGGUGACAGCUUGGUGCGCUUCUAUAUCGAACUACCCGGCAAGACGGCAAGUGAAAUCACAGAAGAUUCACUUCUCGACAGAGCGCGGGACAUUUUCCAUCCAUUCAAAAUGGAAUCUGCGAAAACUCUGUGGUUCUCCGCAUAUGUAAUUGGACAGCGGGUAGCAAGCCAGUUUACAAAGGAGCAUCGAGUCUUUCUGGCCGGGGAUGCUUGCCAUACUCAUUCUCCCAAAGCAGGUCAGGGAAUGAAUGUCAGUCUCCAGGAUGGCUACAACAUUGGCUGGAAACUGGGCCAUAUCUUGACUGGACGAGCUCCUAAGUCGUUGCUAGAUACCUAUGUGUUGGAACGGGAGCAGACUGCCAAGGAGCUGAUUGCAUUUGAUCAGCGAUGGUCUAAACUGUUUUCUUCGAAUCACCGAAAAGCAAACGGUAUUACGCCAGAGCGGCUACAAGAGGAGUUUACGAAAGCUGGGCGGUAUACCGCAGGUCUGGCGACGCAGUACUCUAGUUCAAUUCUCACGCAUAACGACGCUGGCAGUAGUCGCCUGGCAACGGGUAUUCAGGUAGGCAUGAGACUUCCCAGCGCUCCUGUUGUUCGUCUGUGUGAUGGAAAGCGUGUACAACUCGCACGAGCGGUGCCUUCAGACGGUCGGUGGCAUAUCUUGGUGUUUGCGGGCAAUGACGGCACACAUGGUCUGGACAGGCUACGGCAGUUCACGGUGGCCAUCGAAACUAUUGCAAAAGACUACACUGUACCAGGUUCUGACAGCAAUAGUGCCAUCAAUGCUGUUCUCGUGGCAUCGUCGACUGAAGGGAAUCUAUCCAUGAGUAACAUCCCCGACUUCUUCAAGCCUCGAGUAGGAGAGCUGCAAAUUAGAUCUUUAACAAACGUAUUUGUCGACGAGAAACGAUAUGAUCUUCUUCCGUCCACGAAUAGCAUAUUUGAACAUUUUGGCAUCGCUGAAGGUGUUGGCGCUGUAAUAAUUGUUCGACCGGAUACAUAUGUAGCAAUGGUCUGUUCCUUGGGUGAUGAUGCCAUGGUUCGGAGCUUCUUUGACGGCUGUCUUUUACGCCAAUGA